CAGACAGCGGCCACUGUUCAGGAUAACAACACGCUGCUGAGGCCCUUUAAACGCACUCUACCGUUGGUACGGCGACUGUACACACCGGAGUGUUCGGCGUUUUUUCUUAUCUGCAACUUAAACGGACUCUUACCGUCGGGGAUACUUGAAACGACACACAAGAAGUCAUUUUUGAUGCCGGUUUUCGGGAAGCGGUGUACGACUUCGCGGUCGUGACACGACUUCUUUGACGGGCGCGGUGCGGCGGAGUUGGCGCACUGCUGGACUGGAUAUACAUCAGUUCUCCCGCAGCUCCGUUUAAACUGCGCCUCCUUCUUCGUACUUAACGCCGUUUCUUGUACUACUCGGUCUCAACGCCUGAAUCGUCUAACACCGGCUUUUUUUGCUCGAAUAUGUUGCUUUCAAAGCUCGGUUCAUUUUCGCAUAUUUGCAAUCCCUCAAGUAUGGACCAUGUCAUACCAGUGAAAAUCCAGCUCCAGACGGUGAAAGUGGAGAAGGAGCCUUUCGAGAAGGUUUACCAAGUGGGCUCGGUGCUGGGCAGCGGAGGUUUCGGGACGGUGUACGCCGGCAGCCGGAUCUCUGAUGGCGCACCGGUUGCCGUGAAACACGUCGCGAAGGAGAGGGUGACGGAGUGGGGCACGAGUAACGGAUCUAUGGUGCCUUUGGAGAUCCUGCUGCUGAAGAAGGUCAGCUCGUCUUUUCGCGGAGUUAUCAAAUUGCUGGACUAUUACGAGCGAGCGGACGGCUGGCUGAUCGUCAUGGAGAGGCCGGAGCUCGUCAAGGACCUGUUCGACUUCAUCACCGAAAAGGGCGCCCUGGACGAGGACACGGCUCGGGGCUUUUUCCGCCAGGUUUUGGAGGCGGUCAGACACUGCUACAGCUGCGGUGUAGUACACAGAGACAUCAAAGAUGAAAACCUGCUUGUGGAUCUACGCACCGGGGAGCUCAAGCUUAUUGACUUUGGCUCAGGGGCGAUUCUCAAGGACACAGUCUACACUGAUUUCGAUGGUACAAGAGUCUACAGCCCACCAGAGUGGAUCCGCUUCCAUAGAUACCAUGGUCGCUCGGCGACGGUGUGGUCGCUAGGCGUGCUGCUGUACGACAUGGUGUGUGGAGACAUCCCCUUUGAGCAGGACGAGGAGAUCCUCAGAGGGAGACUGUAUUUCAGGAGGAGGAUCUCAGCUGAGUGCCAGCAGCUGAUCAAAUGGUGCCUGGCCCUGCGACCCUCAGACCGGCCCACCCUGGAGCAGAUCUGCGACCACCCCUGGAUGAGGGCGACGGCAGAAUCACCCAAGUCACCAGAGGAGCCCGUGGCUGGUGACAUCCGCCUCAGGACCAUCGACACAGACUCUUCGUCAAGCACAAGCUCGAGCAAGGAGAGCCUCUGAGCGUGGCUCUGACGGACUGAAAAGACUUUCUGAGGAAAGACGGGGUGGGGAUGGAGGGAGUGAUAUGGACUCAAGGCCAGCAGCCUGUAGCCCAACUGGCCUGUUAUCAGUCGGGCGCUCGACUCAGCUUGGCCCGGCGAGAAAAAUGUACUUUAAUUUUCCUCUUUUGUAGGGAAUUUCUAAUUUAUUACUAUUUGUUCUUCUUUAUCUUAUUCCCCCCAUGCCCUCUUUAUUUCCUUUCAGUUGAUUAUACUUGUUUCCUAAUGGGGAACAUUUUGCUGUAUGGGCGGUCUUACCAGCACUAUUUAUUUCCCCCUUUCCCCUUUUCAACUUCUUUGUUACUAGGCUGGUAUACACAGCUGGCAAGGCCCUCCUAUUCAGACAUGGCUGCUCUCAUAGAGCUUGGAGAAAAAAACUUUUAUUUAAAUGUUUUAAUUUUGAUUUUGGAGUGCCUUUUUUUGGAAAGCUGCUUUUCUGGGGGCUUUCAUCAACAACUCUGUUUUUUUGGGGAUUUGCCCGCGGCGUGGCGGUUAAGUUGUCUGUGCCGUGAUGGAAGGGGCGUGGGAUUUUUUGUUGUUGUUUUUUUUAAAUGAUUAUUACUCUGAAUAUUUUUAUGUUUUUAUUUUUCACUCGCCUGUCUCCAUCACUGUAAGCCAACCAGCCCCUUCAGCCAAGAGGCUCAGUUAGAGUUAGAGAGGAGAGAAGAAGGAGGUGGGGGCUCUUCCUGACAAUGGAAUACUUGAAACACACUCGACUCAAACUCUGUGUCGCUCUCUUUAACGCUGCUCACUCACUCUAUAGCCUGAACAGGUGUUUGGAAACUGGAUCCUGUCUUUUCUGAAUGUCUACAAAAUGUCAACACACACACACACCUCCUCUCCCCCCACCUCCUUUUCCUCCCUACCUCCUCCUUCCUCCUCCAUGCCUGUUGCAGGUUUUUUUAAGCCCUUCUUGACUCGUCUCUUCUUUUUGCCUCCUGCCAUCUCACUGCUUUGACACUACAUGGCCCCCGGCCCUGGCCUCCCUCAGGGUUUUGGGGUGUGAAAUGCACAAUCAAUGCAAUAUUCAUAAACUCAAUUAUGUUUUUUUUUUUUCAACAAAUAUUGUACAGCGUGUAUUUUUUUCUCUUUUUGUGUGUACAUUUUUUUUCUCCCCCCAUUUGCAUUUAAUUUAUUCGUAAACAUGUAGACAUUCCACACUCUGUGGUUAUUUAUUUAUUUAUUGUCUAUGCUUAAACAGAAAAAUCUCCCCUGAAUUUUUUUUUUUUUUUUUUUUUUUUGCAUAUCCUACUUGGCCUUUGGUUUGCAUUCCUAUAACUUAUUUUUACUUUUUUUUUUGAGAUGUGGAGGAUGCACUGAAGCAGUUGUAAAACAGAAUAAAACGUUUACUUAAAUUUGAAAAAAGAGCAUUUGAAUGUUAUUUAACUACUUUUGAGAUAUAUUAAAAAAAAGUCUGUUGGUAAUGUUGAAUGGCAUAAAGUAUCGGGAGAAAUCCACCUGGUUUCUGUACUGUCGAGUUCAAUUUGAGUUCUAUGGAAAGCUAAAAACAGUAGGUGGAACAGCUUUCAUAGUUUGUCACAUAGCCUCGUAUCGGAAGACCUUUUUCAGUUUAGCUGUGUGACUUGUGGCUGUGAAAGAUGGAUAUUGCUAUUUUUUGAUACAAAAAGUUUCAAUUAAACACCCAUUUUUAUGUACAGAAAUAAA